AUGGAGCACCCGGAUCACCAGGGCUUCAAGAGGCAGUGUCUCCCCAGCUGGGGGGCUUCGUCCCUGGACAACAGCUUCAGCGAUGCCGGAAGCCACUCAAACGAGUGCGGCGGUUUGUUUAAAGAACACUUGAGCGACGCGCGGGGUAUCAUGUCUCUGCACGCCACGGGGCAUGCGGUGAGCCGCCUCCUUGAGAGCUUCGCCGCGGACGACGGCUUCCACCUCGACGAGGAGAGCAGCUUCUCUGAGGAGGAGGAAGAGGAGGAGGAGGAGGAGGAAGAGGAGGAGGAGGACCAGGACCUCCUUCCUCCCAACAUGCCCUCUAGAAUACCUGCGCUGCCUAACUGUGUGCUGAGUAAAGAGAUGCUGGUGGACGGACUGAAGAUCCUGAUCUCCAAGGAGGACGAGCUUCUGUACGCCGCCUGUGUCCACACGCUGGACCUGCCCGACAUAUUCAGUGUGGUGAUAGAAGGAGAACGCGCCAACAGGCCCAGGAUCUACUCUCUGGAGCAGCUGCUGCAGGAAGCUGUGCUGGACGUGCGGCCUCAGAGCGAGUCCAUCCUGACGGCCGGGACCAGGGUGUGUGCGUACUGGAGCGAGCGCUCCCGCUGCCUGUACCUGGAUACGUUCAGCGAGGGGGGUCCGGGCGAGGAGGAGAAGGGGGGCAGUGUCAUGGUGGAGUUUGACGACGGCGACCGGGGACGGAUCUCUCUCCCCAACGUCAGAGUGCUCCCCCCAGGGUACCAGGUCCACUGUGCGGAGCCAUCGCCGGCUCUUCUCACCUCAUCCGGUCGCCGCGGACGGAGCUCCGCCAAGGACAACAGGGAAACACAGCUGGAAAAAUCAACCAAUGGGGAGGCCGCAGGGCCCCAAGAGAAGAGGCCAGUCGGGAGGCCCAAGAAAAUCCCCAAGAACCCCACCGGCGUGCCGGCGGUGCAGGGGGCCGCGACCAAGACGGCCGCCAGCCCCCUGAGCUGGUCCGCCCCCAGGAAGAGACCCCCGGUGGACUUCUUCCUCUUCAACGGGACGUCCCGGAAGACCCAGCGCAGGAUCCGCGAGCGGGACCUGGGGAUCUUCCAGCGGCCCUCCCCCCACCCUGCCGCCGCCGCCGCCGCCGCCGCGCCCCUCAAAGGCAUCUUCGGAUCCCCGUUCGAGGUGGACUCCUUCAGCAGCAUCGCCAACGGUUACGCAACCUUCGCGGGUGCCGGUGGGAAUUCCGGUGGGGCGCGGCCAGUCGGCGCGGCAACCGGGACCUCUCUGGGCGGUCUUCUGGAGUCCGCCCCGUCUGUGUCCUCCUCCUCCUCCUCCUCCUCCUCCUCCGCCGGCGGGGCGGCGACGCCGUCCGCCGCCGCGGUCCGGAAGCCCGCCAACGAGCGCCACAAGAGGCAGUUCCUGGUGAAGCUGGACCACGAGGGCGUGACGUCCCCCAAGACCAAGAACAGCAAGGCCCUGCUCAGGCUGGGCGGGGGCGGAGGGCGGGUCGGGAAGGCCGUGGCCGCCGCGGGAACGCCGAUGCGGUACGCCCACCCGACGCCGCCGGCGAAGGACGGGAAGAAAGGGAGAGGGCCGAGGGAGGUGGGCGUGGUCAAGUCGCACCCCCUGCCCAAAAGCGCCCAGCACGUGAGCAAGGGGCUUCUGUCCAGCAGCCACGGAGGGGACUACAGUCUGGACUACGCCAGCGACGGCCCGAGCUCGUACUCCGAGCUGGAUGAAGACGACGACGAAGAGGGUCAAGACCGCGACAGGCGAAGGAGCGCCGAAACCGCAGCCGCCGCCACCGCCGCCACCGCCGCCGCAGCCUCGCUGCCCGGCGGCCGCUUCCUCUCCCGCCUCUCCCUCUGCUCCUCCUCCUCCACCUCCUCCUCCUCCUCCUCGGGCUCCCUCUCCUCCUCCUCCUCCGUCUGCUCCUCGGACAACGACUCCUCGUACUCCUCCGACGAGGAGUCCUCCUCGGUGCUGCUGCGCCGCGCGCUCCUCCAGCAGGACAAGCACAAGCGCCGGCAGCACCUGACCUCCAGCCCGCUGAGCCCCGACCCCGCCGCCGCCGCCGCCGCCACCUCCGGCCCCCCUCCGUCGGCCCCGCCCCCCGCCGCCGCCGCCGCCGUCGUCCACGCCUACGCGGCCAAGGCCUCCCUAGCCGUGUCCGGGUCGGGGCAGGGCAGGGCGGAAAGGCCGGAGGACAGGCAGGAGUACGUCUCCAGUCGCGGUGUCGCGGCCAACAAUAGCGCGGCCAAAUCCCAGGUCAAAAAGAAGGACGGCGCCCUGGCCUCCCAUCCGCCGGGCCUGCUGAACAAUCCAGGGAACCAGCAGCCAAAGCCCGCGGCCAAGGAGCCGUCGUCGGCCAAGCGGCAGAGGAUGUCCUCCCCUGACCCGCUGACCCGCGUGGCUCCGCACCUUCCAGGACGACAACUGUGGAAAUGGUCGGGUAACCCCACGCAGAGGAGGGGUCUGAAGGGCAAAGCCAGGAAGCUCUUCUACAAGGCCAUCGUGCGGGGCAAGGAGACGGUCCGUGUGGGGGACUGCGCCGUGUUCCUCUCCCCGGGCCGGCCCCAGCUGCCCUACGUGGGCCGGGUGGAGAGCCUGUGGGAGUCCUGGAGCUCCAGCAUGGUGGUCCGAGUCAAGUGGUUCUACCACCCAGAGGAGACCCGCCUGGGCAAGAGGCACCGCGACGGCAAGAAUGCUUUGUACCAGUCUAGCCACGAGGACGAGAACGACGUGCAAACCAUUUCCCACCGCUGCCAGGUGGUCGGCAGAGACGAAUACGAGCACCUGAUUCGCCGACGCAAGCCCGGGGGCAUGACCAACGACCUGUUCUACCAGGCGGGAACCUACGAGCCAACCACAGGCCAGCUGGUCAGCGCAGAGGGAGUGGCUAUUGUAUCCUAGCAACCCACCUGCUUGGGGAGAAGGAUCAGGGCGGUGAUGUCCGCCCCCGGCGUGGCGCGGGCUCCGUCGAGUGCAGUCUGUAGAGGACGCUCUUCCUGAUGGACAGGGGGAGGGCGGGACUAACAGACAGCGGAGAUGUCCUCUACCCAAAACACCAAUCGGAGAUGGAGCUGCACCCCCCCUGUAGGAUGACGCCCACAAGCGCAGCUGAUGGCAGGGGGAAGAUCAGCAAGAUAACGAGGGAGAAACCUGCAUUGCAAGCAGGGAUCUUUUGUAUAGCUCUUAUCAGAAGUGGGCCUUGGUGCGGGGAACCUCAACCAAACCGGUUUGGGGAGGUAAAAAAACUAAAAACAACAAUCUGUGUGCCGUUGGAAGCACGGAUCUAAGCGGGAUCUAAAACGCAAGAGCACUUGGGGUGCUGAGCGAGGUGGUCGCCACCUCCACAAGCACUGGAAUGUCUACGAUGAAACACUGCAGAGCCUUUUUACAAACACGACCGAUUCAAACCAAUACUCUCCUCAGACAAACAGAGGAGUGUGUCAUGAAUGUGCAGAGAGAGAGAGAGAGAGAGAGGGGGGGGGGGGGGGGGGGGGAGGAAUGGAAAGAGAGGAGAGAGGGGGGCUAAAAGACUGUAUUGAAUGAAGAGGCUUUCCGUAAACCACACUGGGUUGCAUGGCCUUUGCGGUCUCUCGCCGGUCGCUGUAGUGUGACAAACGGCAUCAAAACUGAGAGAUCCCAUAACAGGACCUUAAACACUGUAGUUUAGUGUGUGUGCCUGCGCGUGUGUGUGUAUGUACACACGUUUUUCUGUAUGUGUGUGUGUGUGUGUGUGUGUGUGUGUGUGUGUGUGUGUGUGUGUGUGUGUGUAUGUGUUUGUUUGCAGAGCGGCUGCAAUGGCCUUGAUGGCUAUUUGACAAGCUCAGAGUAAAUAUCGGUUGAGGAUGUGUGUGAUGUGUGUGUGUGUGUGUGUGAGCGUGUGCGCAUGUGUGUGUUUCCACGUGCGCUUGUGCCUGUUAUGAUUGUGUGUGGGCUCACUGGUCAAGGGCCUGGACUCCAUCACAGCCUUCAUAGUCUUUUUAAACUCUAAGAGUAAACCCCAUGAAUAUACAUCUGUCCAGCGCGAACUGGGUGUUGGACAGCCAUAAGAGUCAAGCCAUACAAGUCAAUACCUCUCUCGUAUCCUCCUUUUCAAGCGUCUAGGUAGAUGCACAUCGUCGCUUGGUCGAUUGGCUGGGCAGUUUGUGUGUAUGUGUGUGUAUGUGUGUGUUUGUGUGUGUGUGUGUGGUGUGUGUGUGUGUGUAUGUCGGCGUGCUUGCUGGACUGUGUGUGCGUGAUUUUCGUGGCCACCACGGUCAGGCAAGAGCCUUACCUGUACAGCAACGUGUAAAAUACAUCUUCGACUGUAAAUAGUAUACAUAUAAUAUUUGUUGUCUUUUAAAGAGAUGAAUAUGGAGGACCUUUCCUCGGGUGGGUUUUGGUUUCUUACGCGGACUUGGAGGCGGGCGGCGGGUCGUUCUGGCGGGGUGGACGGCGGCGCCAGCACCCCCUUCCUCCCCUCUUUGUGCACUGAAUAGCAUCAGAUCUGAGAAUGUGUGUUGAUUCAGGGUCAAAACUGUACAAAGAGUGUAAAAAAUAUCAGGCUUUUGAGGCCCUGCUCUAGGCAAGAGAUUACCAUUAGUGGCGUUGGCGAGAUUUUUGUAAAAAAAAAAAAAAGGAAAAGAAAAGAAAAAAGAAGGCAUUUUUGUAAGGCUCUUUUUUUUAU